AUGGCUUUCAGACGGUACUUGAGCUACUUCGCCUCUCCGCAUUCUCCUCGGGACACUCACUCACCAGACUUCCCGGUAAAUGCUCAUCUCCAUGAGCUGCAGCGAUUUUGGAAGUCGACGUACGAGGACCUGCUCAAAGAAGGCGACGAGAUAAGGUCGACUGCCAUGAUGCGCUUGUCUUCCAUGCGGGAGGGACUGUCGGUGUCGGACUCAUGGGACUUGCAGACGCUGUAUGACGGGCUUGUUGUCGAGAGGGAAGAACUUUCGGAGCUCUUACAGUCUCCAGAGAGACUCAGUUUCGAACUAGUUUCGAGGGCCUCUAGCUACAGAUCGCGCGCAAAGUCUCUGCACGGAGAAGUCCAAGAGGUAGUGCGGCGCUCACAGGCCGACCCUGAGGCCGCUCGUGCGAAAAGUUCUCAACCGGAACAGAUCAAGCUGGAGUCCCGUGCUCAAGCACACGCGAUCCGUCCCUCUCUCUUGCCCGGGGACUCUGACACAGAAGCUGAUGAGCUUUUGCUCCGAGAUGGAAGUCAAUAUGACACUGCCGACUGGACUGGAAGGGAUAUCUGCGAGUCUCCGACGAGCUAUGCCUCAUCUUCAGGCUGCUUUCCUGCAGACACUGAUUCAUCUAUACUUACGGAGUCGGCUACCGGGAAUUCAUGGGGAAGCACGGAUUCCUCUUGUGGACCAAUCACCCCGAUCUCCGCUCGCCAGUCUGCUCCCCGACUAAUGGACGUUCUUUCGUCGUCGCCUGACUUCCUAUUCAAGCUGAAUCAGGCCUUUGACGGACUUGACACGUUAAUCGACGUGAAGGAGCUGGAGUCGUUGUUAUCGGUCAUCUCUAUUGAGAAAUGUGAUCCGCCAUCACAAAAGUGCCCAACACAAGACAGUCUGCAUUUGCACAGGCCAGAGCAUUCCUUUUCAGACUUCUUGCCACCCAGCCGUGCUCUCGAAGCUCAAAGCACACCGUCUCAGUUUCCGUUCCCUCCAGUUCCACGUCUGCGUCGUUCCAGAACCGCGCAGCCUGUUGGUGGACGUCCUAUGCAUUCUCCAUCAUCCCUCUUCCCGACUCGGGGUCUCAGGCAUUUAAGGUCCGCGGAUAGCUUAGCCAUGUCACCAAACAGCAGAGUUGCGUACAGGUCGGACGAACAUGACGAAGAUUCGUUUAUGGAUGAUCUUGUCGAGACCUAUAGGUGUCAGGGCCUACGUACACCACGGUCUAGUACGCCGGACGAGAGUUAA